AAUUAAGUCAAUAAGUGAAGAGAUUUACCUGAGUUAGGUCGUUUUGUGUUCCGAAAAAAUUGUUUUUAGUCAGUCACGCAAAAAAUAUUAUAAUUAACAUUCCAAUAUAAUCACGACCAAUUCAGUAAAUUACUUGUGCUCAGUUAUUACAUUUGUGUCUGUGUUAACGAAAGGGUGACUUUACAUUCUAUCAGACAACAGUGACUAAAAUGACUUCAAUGGGUGUUAGAGAGUUCUAUGCAGGGAAGAAGAUCUUCAUCACCGGAGCUACUGGCUUUAUGGGGAAGGUGUUGGUGGAGAAGCUUCUGAGAUCUUGCCCUGAUGUGGAGACUAUAUACAUACUUGUACGGAGGAAGAAAGGCCAGAGUCCAGAAGCAAGGUUGGAGGCGUUCGCCAAAUGCAGGGCUUUUGAGAAGUUGCUAGAACAAGAUGCGAAAGCUUUCAGGAAAGUGCGCUUAGUACCGGGGGAUAUCCUUGAAGACAACCUCGGGAUACCGGAUAUCAUUGAGCAGGAGCUUCAAAAGGAGUGUCAGAUUGUUGUCAACAACGCUGCUUGUGUGAGUUUCAAUUUACCUGUACGAAAAGCAGUUCAAAUGAACACUAUGGGCACUCAGAAAGUUUUGCAGUUAGCGGAAAAAAUGAAAAAGCUAGAGGUAUUUCUACACGUAUCAACUUCCUUUUGUCACGACUACAUAGAUGUUCUGGAGGAGAAAAUAUACAAAGCGAAGCACAACCCCCUGGAUAUAAUAAACAUGUUGAAGUGGAUGGACGACGAUACUCUCGCUGCACUGCAACCUGAAUUGAUAAAGCCCUACCCAAACACAUACGGCUACACGAAAAGUCUAUCGGAAGACCUAGUAUCUCAGUACAGUGGGAAAUUUCCUAUCGCUCUUGCGAGACCGUCUAUUGUGAUACCUGCGUACAAAGAGCCUCUCGCAGGUUGGACUGACAACAUUAAUGGACCAUCAGGAGUUAUUUACGCAGCUUCCAGAGGUGUUCUACGUUCUAUGUACUGCAAAGACUCUACAAAAGUAGACACAGUUCCUGUGGACUUCGUCAUAAAUGCCCUUAUACUGCUGGCUUGCGUCACUGCGUGUGAAAAACCUAAAGAUGUUCGCGUCUGCAAUAUAACUCAAUCUGGUGUCAACGAAAUAUCGUGGGUCAAAGCUGCAGAGUACUGGCCGAAGUUUUUAGCAAAGUAUCCAUUGUCAUAUUCACUUUGGUAUCCAGAGGCGACGGCGAAAAACUAUAAGUUGGAACAUCAAAUACAUGUAUUCUUUUUCCAUAUGCUGCCAGCUUAUUUCAUAGAUUUACUAUUAUAUUUAUUGGGAAAGAAAACAUUCAUGGUCCAUGUAUACCAUAAAAUGUCCCACGGAUUAGAAGUGUUGGAAUAUUAUAACACAAGGACCUGGAUUUUCAAGAAUGAUUACUUCAAGUCACUGGAACAUAGAGUCUCUGAAGAAGAAAAUGAAAUUUUCUAUACAGAUUUUUCGAAAGUGGUCGUAGAGGAAUUUAUGGAGAAUUACAUAAAAGGUAUGCGGGAGUUUUAUUGCAAGGAAGACCCCUCUACAUUACCUGAGGCGAGGAAAUUACACAGACGAUUGUACUACCUCCACGUAUUUACGAAGUAUGCUUUCUAUGCACUGUGCAUUUAUUUUUUGUUUGGGCUUAUAGGGAAGUUUCUUUAGUUGUUUAAGUUUUUUUUGCAAUGGCAUCAUUGUAUACUAAGAGGGAAGGCAACGAUUUCAUACUAUUAGAUAUGUCACUAGCGCGUUGAAAUUAAGACGGACAAAAGUGGCUUAUUGUCUUAAUUUUAUUUCGUCGCAUUGUAAACUACGAAAGUUAUUUAUACAAUACAUUAUGUAUUGUCUACAAUAGCGAGUUGUGUGUUCAAGAAGUGUAAACGCUAUACAGGGUGUCCCGUAAAUAUUACGACAUACAUUUCAAGGUGA